ACGUCAAUUUUGGUCAAAUGGUCACGUGCCGGUAGCGCGUCACACGUAAAGCUUGGUCAAGAUGGCGGCCGCCGGAGGAGAGUCUUCACAGAACGCCUCAGAUGACUUAUUUCAAAGCUUUUACACGGAGGUGAAACAGAUUGAAAAAAGAGACUCUGUGCUAACUUCGAAGCAGCAGAUUGACCGGUUGCUCCGACCUGGUUCCUCAUAUUUCAAUCUAAACCCAUUUGAGGUCUUGCAAAUUGACCCAGAUGCUACAGAUAAUGAAUUGAAGAAAAGAUUCCGAGCGUUGUCUAUUUUGGUCCAUCCAGACAAAAACCAGGACGACCCAGACAGAGCACAGCUGGCUUUCGAAGCUGUGGACAAAGCCUACAAACUCUUACUGGAUCAAGAGCAGAAGAAGAGAAUUAUAGAUGUCAUUCAUGCAGGAAAGGAAUACGUGGAGCACAUGGUAAAGGAGAAAAAGAAACAGUUAAAGAAAGAUGGGAAGCCACAGGAUGUGGAGGAGGAUGACCCUGAAGUAUUUAGGCAGGCAGUGUAUAAACAAACCAUGAAGCUGUUCGCAGAGCUAGAAAUCAAGAGGAAGGAAAGGGAAGCAAAGGAUAUGCAUGAAAGGAAAAGGGCACGAGAAGAGGAAAUCGAGACGGCUGAGAAAGCUAAGCGAGACAGGGAAUGGCAGAAGAACUUUGAGGAAACAAGAGACGGGCGUGUGGACAGCUGGAGGAGCUUCCAGGCCAAAGGCAAAGGCAAGGCCAAGGAGAAGAAGAACAGAACGUUCCUCAAGCCUCCGAAAGUCAAGAUGGAACAGAGGGAAUAAUUGUUUAAAAUUGGACUUUUCUACAUUAGGCUCAUCAAUUAUUAAAACAAAAACCCUGCAUAUCUUCACCUCAUUGUCUGCAUUUAAGUGUGUAGUGGCAUGGGGGCGCUGAUGGUAGUUUUGUACCUGGUUUUCUAAUGUACAUACUGUAUUUGUGAUCUGAACCCAUGUACGAAAGAUCAACCACAGAUUUUCUAUUUCUUUAACUGAUAAGGAUUUCAUUAUUUGUUGUUGUUGUUUUUUUUAAAUAAAGUUUGGUUUAAACAAGUCAUUCUUCAAAAACUGAGCCCCAAAUCUGGUUGAUCGAAGAAACAAACAGACCAGACCCUCGGGAAAUUGAACUAUUCAGAUCAGUCUGCUUUAAAUUCUAAUGUCACUGUUACCAAUAUUUCUUUCCUGUGUUCUUUUCUGUCGUGCACGGUCAUACUCAUGUAGUUUUGUGUGUUUUAACGACACGCAGUCAUAGUAUCGACACCAAGCAGAAUUUAUAAUUUUGUUUGGACUCAAUAAAAAAAAUCAUUUCUCUGCUA